CUCGGGGCUCACAGCAUGUCCCUUCUCCCGCAGAUGCUGCAGGACUGCCCCAAGGCCCGCAGGGAGGUGGAGCUGCACUGGCGAGCGUCGCAGUGUGCGCACAUCGUGCGCAUCAUGGACGUCUACGAGAACCUCUACCAGGGGAGGAAGUGUCUGCUCAUCGUCAUGGAGUGCUUGGAUGGUGGGGAGCUCUUCAGCCGCAUCCAGGACAGGGGAGACCAGGCCUUCACAGAACGGGAGGCUUCGGAGAUCAUGAAGAGCAUUGGGGAAGCCAUCCAGUACCUGCACUCGAUCAACAUCGCGCACCGGGACGUGAAGGUACCACCCUGAGCCCCCCUGGCAGUGCCAGGGCCCAGCCCU